AUGCUGAGGGACGUUUCGGUCGUUUGGCUCGGCGGUUCAGAUAAAUAUCUCGAUUCAUGCUGGCUGACCAAAUUUCUGAUUCACCCUCCGGCUUUCCUAUAUUUUCUUCCCGCCCUCCUCUUCCCUCCCUCCUCGCCGUCCACAACGAUGCUCUCCUCGCCGCCCCAGCCCCCCGCACGCAAGCGAGCAAGGCCAAGAGGGCUCUGGAGGGGGCGUGUGAACGCGCCACGUUGUUUCGCAGACCAUGUCCGCGAAUGGCAACAGGGUGUUUAUAGUGACUCUGAUACCGACGACGACGAGCGAGACGUCCCAGAGUCGAACAGCUCGUCCAGCUCCAAGCGGCGCCGCCUCUCCCCUUCCUCCUCGGCCAGCGACGACAGCGAUCAGCGAGAUACUGACUUUUGCCGCCAAUACACCACCACUUGCACAUCAGACGACGUAGACCGCAUCUCGAGCUGGGUCAGGCGCACAAGGAUCAUGGACACCACCUCGACCGCACGCAGGGGCGCCCAGACCGAUGCCAACAAGUCAUGUACAUUCGAAGAUUGGGUGGAUCUCAAGGACUUGUUUGCGAAAGCAGCGGAGCAGUAUGAAAAUGCAGAGCCAGCGGAGGCAAUCCCUCUUCUUCGCGCAGUCGUACAUGACUGCCACCGCUUUUUGAUCUACUAUCAAGAUCCAUCUGUUGUCUAUACGCCCCCAGCACGGGGCCCUUUGGACAGCGCACCAACCAGCCUUACUCCUACAGACGAUCGAUUUCCCGGUGAUUGGGCCAGCGAUCGUUCGUCUCGAGGCAGGAAUACUGCGCCACCCCCUCCUCCCGUGGAACCAAGAAAGCCGAAGCCACAAGAGCCAGCCACUGCCUUCCAUGCCAUACUGGGAACCGCGUUGUUCUUGUUUGGUAACCUGAUAGCUCAAGAUCCAAAGCUUGCGUUGACGGGCGAGCCCAAUACGCCGUGCCCAUACUGGCUGGCGGCCCUAGACGUAUUCGAGACGGGCGAAAAUCUCCCAAGUCGGGUCAACGCCCGAGGGCUGGAAACGACUGAAGAUUGGCGGAUGGCUAUCGUCUGGGGCCGCACCUAUGUUUGUAUCGUAGACGAUGCGCUUACCCGCAAUCUCGACAAAAAGCAAUCAACGCCACCUGGUGCCUCAUCCUCGUCCACGGGAUCCUGCCUCUCACCCGCAGAUCAAACCGAACCCAAUUGGCCGCAGGACUCGCCCUUCUCCGCUAUCGCCGCCCGUCGCCCACCUGUUACCCGUCGAAUGUCCCUAUCUCUGAGCUCACCCAAUGACCUGAUGGUUCUGGCCAUGGAUCAAUUCUCUAGGGGAAUAUUUCAUAUGCCGCACCCGCAGCACGCUCCGCCGACCGGAAACGCCCAAUCGACUUCGAUGCCGCCGCUAACAGACACAUUCUCGCGGCCCAAGGAACUGUAUACGAUCGCCUCUGAAGUCCUGAAUGUGGCGGAAAAAUUCGAAAUUCCCUCAGAGCGCCAGUAUUGGGCAUCGUGGGCUGACUCCGUCUUUAACCAAAUGAAGAUGGAAGCGGACAUGGAUGCAUGGAGAGGUUCCAUUACCAGGGCGAGAGGGCGUUGCUGGCUUAUCGUUGGCUCGGCAAAGGUUGAAGGACUGGAAGAAGCGUUGGAACGAGGCGAUUCGGGAGUACUUGACUCCGAAGACGCGCAAGAGGCUCGUGAGGGCCUGACAAACGCUAUCUCUUUCUUCGAGCGUGCCAAGGGAUCAGCCACUUCUUCCAGUGACCCAGAGACACAAGAGCUACAGCCUCUACUCGCUGAAGCCCUUCUAACACUCGCCAAUCUGACGCAAGACGAACAACGGCGAGAAGAGCUAUAUGCACGCGCUCAAGCCGAGGCCGGCGGCACUUUCGAGCUAGACCACGACAUGCUCGAGAGCUGA